AUGAGCCGCCAGCUGCACCACCGCCCCGCCGGCGAGCGCCCGGGCUUCAGCGGCUGCUCCGCCGUCAUCUCGGGCCGAGUCAGCGCCAGCUCCGCCUCGUUCCGUUCCAAGGCCACGGCCGCCGUCAAGGGCACGGCCGCCUUCGGCAGCAGGAGCCUCUUCAGCCUGGGGGGCGGCCGGCGCCUGGCCCUGUGCGCCGCGGCCGGGCGGGGCGGCGCCUUCGCGCUGGGCCACUGCUCGGGCUCCGGCGGCGGCGGCGGCGGCGGCCGGCUGGGCGGCUUCGUGGGCACCGUCUUCGGCAGCGCCGGGCUGGGGCCCGCGUGUCCGUCCGUGUGUCCGCCCGGCGGCAUCCCUCAGGUCACGGUCAACAAGAGCCUCCUGGCCCCCCUCAAUGUGGAGCUGGACCCUGAGAUCCAGAAGGUGCGCGCCCAGGAACGGGAGCAGAUCAAGGCGCUGAACAACAAAUUCGCCUCCUUCAUCCACAAGGUGCGGUUCCUGGAGCAGCAGAACCAGGUGCUGGAGACCAAGUGGAACCUGCUACAGCAGCUGGACCUGAACAACUGCAGGAAGAACCUGGAGCCCAUUUACGAGGGCUACAUCAGCAACCUGCGGAAGCAGCUGGAGACACAGACAGGCGACAGGGUGAGGCUGGACUCAGAGCUGAGGAACAUGCAGGAUUUAGUGGAGGACUAUAAGAAGAGGUACGAGGUGGAGAUCAACAGACGCACAGCUGCUGAGAAUGAGUUUGUGGUGCUCAAGAAGGAUGUGGACGCCGCCUACAUGAACAAGGUGGAGCUCCAGGCCAAGGUGGACUCCCUGACAGAGGAGAUCAAAUUCUUCAAGUGCCUCUAUGAAGGGGAGAUCGCUCAGAUGCAGUCCCACAUCAGCGACACCUCCGUCAUCCUGUCCAUGGACAACAACCGGGACCUGGACCUGGACAGCAUCAUCGAUGAGGUCCGCACCCAGUACGAGGAGACCGCCCUGAAGAGCAAGGCCGAGGCCGAGGCGCUGUACCAGACCAAGAUCCAAGAGCUGCAGGUCACCGCGGGCCGGCAUGGGGAUGACCUCAAACUCACCAAGGCUGAGAUCUCAGAGCUCAACCGCCUGAUCCAGAGGAUCCGCUCAGAGAUAGGGAAUGUGAAGAAGCAGUGCUCCAACCUGGAGACGGCUAUCGCCGAUGCCGAGCAGCGGGGCGACUGUGCCCUGAAGGACGCCCGGGCCAAGCUGGACAAGCUGGAGGCCGCCCUGCACCAGGCCAAGGAGGAGCUGGCCCGGAUGCUGCGCGAGUACCAGGAGCUCAUGAGCACGAAGCUGGCCCUGGACAUGGAGAUCGCCACCUACCGCAAGCUGCUGGAGGGCGAGGAGUGCAGGAUGUCUGGUGAACAUCCCAGUUCCGUGAGCAUCUCUAUCAUCAGCAACACCGGCGCGGCGGCAGCAGGGGCUGGCUUCAGCGUGGGCUUUGGUGCCCAGAGCAGUUACAGCUUCAAGCCUGUGGGCGUGGACGUCAAAACCAAAGGCAGCUGUGGCAGCGAGUUCAAGGAUCCCCUGCCCAGGAGCUCAGGGGGCAGCUGUGCAGCCAGGAAGGCCUCGAGGUGAAGGGCUGGCUGGGCGGGCGGUUGGCUCUGUGAGCGGAAAGCU